AUGGAGCCGAUAGAUGUAGCUUCUGGUGCCACCAAAGACAAGCCAUUGAUCACAAUUAAUCUGCAUAGCCAGGGAAACUCACCACAAAUUUUAAAAAACUCACCACAAAUUUCAACAAACUCACCACAAAUUUCAACAAACUUGACACAAAUUUCCGCAAACUCACCACAAAUUUCAACAGACUCACCACAAAUUUCAACAAACUCACCACAAAUUUCAACAAACUUGACACAAAUUUCCACAAACUCACCACAAGUCUCAACAAACUCACCACAAAUUUGA